AAGCGAGGUGGCGGCUAAUCCUUCUAACGAUGAUAUUCCUCUUGCAGCAUUUCUUCUUGCUGGCCACAGACUUAUUACUCGCGAUGACCCUUUCCUGCCUCUUUUAUGGCUUUGUAUGCAUUUCCAUCGCAUUUUUGACCUGCUUCAUUAUAAUCUUCUCCUUCGGCAUUGUGGAGAGGAACAUUGAUGUGAAAGGGAGAGCAAUUGUAAUUCUUGUGUCCAACAGCUCCAUUGGGAGGAUGUUUGCAAGGAACCUGGAUAGAGCAGGUUUCAGGGUGUCUGCUGCACACUGGCCUCCUCAAGAGGAGGGGACAGCUGCGGAAGAAGAGUGCUCUUCAAGCAUGGAGGUAGCCCAGCUCCAUAUGACUGAAGAUGAGUAUCAGAAGACAAUGAAAACCUUCAUAGAAAGCCACUUAUCCCUGAAAGGCAUGUAUGGGCUGAUGAAGAAGCCGUCAAUCCUGAUAUGGGAAGAGGAGGAACUAGACACAUGCCGGUUACCUGAGAGAAAAACCUCUUAUAAAUGGAAGAAGGUUUUCAAGGCUCCAGCCCUCUGUGUUGCGGUCCUCUUUUGCUCACUGAACUCUGCCCUGACUUUCCUGAAGAAAAGAAGUCUGCAGCUCCUUGUGCCUCUGCUGAAGUCCAAAAACUGAGGUGAAACAGCAUGCUCACAGCUUAGUUACAUGCACCUGACAGAGCUAACCAGCAUCUCCUGCAACAGCAGCUCUUACCUCUGCUGGGACAAGGAAGGGCGACCCAGCUGGUAGGAAGAGGGCUCGGGAGGGCCAGGAAAGCAGCCCAGGAGCAGCAGCCUCCUGCCCCCUCCAGCACUCUGACACCUGAAGGAUGCUGCCUUUCUGCACCAAUCUGGCCCCAAGGAGUCCAGGCCAGGGCACAGCCACGUGCAACCAGACACCUGAGGGACAAAGACAAAGGAAUACAAGCAAAAUUUGGCUUAACUGGUAAAUGCUGUCCUAUACUAUCCUAAUCAGCUGUAAACCCACAGCUGUCAAGAGUGGUGCAUGUUUACAUAUAUACAGAUCUCAUGUCAGAUCAAGUGAUGUGAACCAAAUGUGCAUUAAAUA